GAUAAAGAAAAAAAAAGAAGACAGAGGAAAUGCCUUCACAGUUCUGAAGUUACUUAUUUCUAGAAUUCUCUGCCCAUCCACACUGUCGAGGGUGUGAAAUAAGCCUCAGUGAAAUGAGAGAGUCAACCAAGAAGGGGCCAUGGGAUCCAGGCUGGAGCAGCACAGCUUCUGGAAGCCAAGGCUCCAGGGACACAUGGAACCGCGUCUCUGGCCCACAUGGCCCAGGUGUUUGUGUACGGGACCCUGAAGCGAGGCCAGCCCAACCAUAAAGUCCUGCUGGACCACACCAACGGCUGCUCGGCCUUCUGGGGCCGGGGCCGCACGGUGGAGCCGUACCCGCUGGUGAUUGCCGGAGAACAUAACAUUCCGCAUCUGCUGAACCUCCCAGGGCACGGCCACUGCGUGGCCGGGGAGAUCUAUAGUGUGGACGAGCAGAUGCUAUGCUUCCUCGAUGAGUUCGAAGGCUGCCCAGACAUGUACCAGCGCACCCGGGUGCGCAUCGCGGUCCUCGAGUGGGAAGGCCCACGCGGUGCCUCCGAAGAGCCUCCAGCUGCUGAAAGGACCCUGCAGUGCUUCGUGUACAGCACGGCCACCUACCCUCCAGAGUGGGUCCGCCUCCCGUACCUCGACAAUUACGACUCUCAGGGGGCACACGGGCUUCGCUAUAAUCCGAGGGAAAACAGAUAAAAACCGCGACAGAGAGAGCCCUGAUGAUUAUAAGAUUACCUCAGCUUGGUCUGCACGCACUGAAUGCAAAGCCUAAUAAUGCUCUUUGAAACAAACAUUUGUAAAACCCAAUCUGUGGGAAAAGAAAUACUCAUUUUCAGUGGCAGCCAAUUUCCCACAUAAUUUUGACAUACUGAUAAGACUGCCCUGAAGUCUGUCGGAUACUGCUUUACUGCUGCGCAAAGAGCAUCGCCGGCUUGAGUGUACUGGGUAAGAAAAAUUUAGGUUUUAAUUCCCCUAAAUGACAUUUCAAGCACUCAUAUGUUACCAUACUUUUCUUCUUUUCCUGCUUUGCCUUAAUCUGAAGAUAACAUUUAAAAUGAAUGUAAAGACUUUGUGUUGCAGUUAGAUUUUAGCAGCCCUACUCUAUUGAUUCUGACCUAUAGCACCAAGGGAAAAAAAAUUUAAGCUGAUCUUGAAUGUCUUAGUGUAAUGAAAGAAAAGAAAAGCAUGCGGUAUUUUUUAGUAGUUUUGGAGUAUAUAUAACAUCGUUCUUCACAAUUUUCAAACCAAGCUUAUUAAAGAGAUUAUUAAAGAUGAUCAUUUAAAAUUAAACUAGAUAUUUUAGGAAAUCAAAUAUAAAAGUGUUGAUGGUAAUUUUGGCCUUUUUCUUGGGUCUACUUAUUUAGUAGAAGGUUCUUUUCAUUCUAAAGUAGCAAAACAAUGAGCACCCGCUUGCUGGCAGACACAGCUGAAUACCCUGAGCCCAGAGCCCAGUGGCAAGGCACUGUCCCUGCUUCCCGAAGGGAGCGGCAUUUGGGGGUGGGCCUUUUGAAGAAAAACCAACAUAUUAGUAAUUUGUUCUUCAGGCCUGUCAGAAAGCUUAGCUUCCAAAUACAAACACUGCUUAAAAUAAUUUUAGCACAGCACGAAGUACCAAUUACUACCCACCUCAUCUGAUGAUCUGUCAGUGCAGGUUCAGAGCAGUGCACGACUGCCUCUGCCUGCUUACCAGCGAAGUAUGAAACGUAUUCCGAGAAUUCCAGAACGGAAUGGGAAUGCAGCUGCUGGUCCUCAGUAACCUCGUUCUCCACCGGGAAAGCUCACUCUCUCUCCAGCUUAAUGGUAGACUGUGACCACUAACUGCAUCUGGCACAAAAACAUGAUCAUUGUUUUUAUCCCUUCUUCUUUAAUUGGAAUCGUGCUUCACAAAGAUACAAAAAGGCAAGGAUGGGUAUCAGCUGAUGAGCUUGUGGCAGCCCCACCCACUACAGUUGCGGUGAGGGAGCCCCAUGGGAUGGGGAAGAGGGACAAUGAGUCAUCUCUCCUUAAGGUGACACCCCCAGGGAUCCAACAGAUCCAGUACUUACCCAUUAGAGUCACAAAGGAGGGAUUUACACGAUCAUCUGUGCUGCAUGGGCUUAAGAAGUUAGGAAUAACAACAAACAGGAGUUACAGCCUCAGCCAGAAU